AUGGAAUCUCACGAAGCUAACUGGGGAUGCAAAUACUAUGGAAAAGAUUUCGAAGUGAAAGUAGGCAAUCUUAAUUUGAUUGGACAGUCCUAUGAAGAUGUACAAGGCGAACCGCGCCUUAUUUAUGUUUUCGUUCAUGGAUUAGGUGUUUCUCUAACAUUUAAGCAUGAUUUCUAUCCAAUUGUUAAUAGUAUGGGAGGUGUUGCAUUCGCUUGUGAUCAUAUUGGUCACGGAAGAUCUCCAGGCGAUAGAGUUUCUUGCCAAAUCCCUGAAAUUGUCGAGGAAACACAAAAGGUUAUUCAACUUGCAAAAGAAAAAUAUCCAAACUUACCAGUAAUUCUUCACGGCCACUCCAUGGGAGGACUCACUGUUGUUUCUUUAGCUAUGAAUCAUCCAGAUUUUGUCAGAGACAAUAUUAAAGCAAUGAUUGUCGAAUGCCCAUGGAUUUCACAAUGCCCACAAAAACCAGUAGGAUGGUUUACAAGAAACGCUGUUAAGUUGAUUUCGAAAUGCUUCUCAACAAUGAGAAUAGAAAGUGGUGUUGCUUCAGUCUGCGAAUAUGAAGAAGAGAGCUGGAGGAACAUGCACCUUCAAGACGAGUACAGAUAUUCUUUCUUGACACCUAGAUUAUUUACAUCUGUUGAAAACGAAAAGAUAUACGUAAAUGCCAAUCCUGAUAAGUUCCCCAAGGAUGUUCCAACAUUAUUCCUUCAGGGAAAGAAAGAUAUUUUAGUUCAUCCAGAACAAAACAUUGAUUGGAUGCAGAAAGUUAUUAAUGCUUCACCUGAUGCUCCAUUCUCUUACAAAUCAUACGAAAUUGGAUCACAUGUUCUCUUGAAAUGCAAAUGCAGGAAGCAGGUCAUUGAUGAUAUAUUCGAGUUCAUCAAUAAAUAUAUAAAUCCUGCACAGUAA